AUGGCUCCGACGAACGGUUCCGCGUCGGCGGGGUUGUGCUCCGUGCUUCUGGGCGCCCAGUGGGGCGAUGAAGGCAAGGGCAAGAUCAUCGACUAUUUGAUUGAGAAUUACUCGAUCGACAUCACUGCUCGUUGUCAGGGUGGAAACAAUGCUGGGCAUACCGUCGUCGCCAAUGGCCGCAAAUACGACUUCCACAUCCUGCCCUCAGGAAUCAUCUCCCCGCAUUGUACGAACGUGAUCGGCAACGGUGUUGUCGUCAACCUCGACGCCUUCUUCAAAGAGCUCGACCACAACGGCGUGACGAGCGAAGCCGGAUGGGAGAAGCGGAUCAUCAUUUCUGCCGAGGCGCACCUCGUCUUUGGGAUCCACCAACAAGUUGAUGGACGACAAGAGGAUUCGCUUGAUCAGAAGAGCAAAAUUGGCACGACAAACCGCGGCAUUGGCCCCACCUAUUCGUCAAAAUGCUUCCGCAACGGCAUACGAGUCGCUGAUCUGAUGGGAGAUUUCGAAGAAUUCGCCAACCGAUAUCGAUCGCUCGUCGCUCACUACAAGAAGCAGUUCCCGAGCAUCGAAAUUGACAUCGACGGCGAGCUAAAGCAGUUCCAGGCCCACGCUGACAAGCUCCGCGAAUUGAAUCUCGUCGGGGACACUGUUGGCUUCCUGCACGAGGCUCGCGCCAACGGACGCGCCAUUUUGGUCGAGGGAGCCAACGGCGCGCUGCUUGACAUUGAUUUUGGCACUUAUCCGUACGUCACGUCAUCAAACGCUACGGUUGGCGGCGCGUGCACGGGUCUCGGCAUCCCGCCGACCGCAAUUCAGCAGAUUAUUGGCGUGGUGAAAGCAUAUCAGACCCGUGUUGGCACUGGCCCGUUCCCCACCGAGCUCUUUGAUGAAGACGGCGUCAACUUGCAACGAAUCGGGCAAGAGGUCGGCGUGACGACGGGAAGAAAGAGGAGGUGUGGAUGGCUCGACCUGAUCCUCCUGCGGCGCUCGGCCCAAAUCAACGGCUACACGCAUAUUGCGCUGACGAAGCUUGACAUUCUCGACAGCUUCCCUGUGAUCAAGAUUGCCGUCGGCUACAAGGUGAACGGCAAUAAGGUAUCGACACCUCCAGCAAAGGCGUCUGACUGGGAUCGCAUCGAGAUAGAGUACCGGGAGUUCCCGGGCUGGAUGUGCGAAACGGCAAAGAUCAGACGUUUUGAGGAUCUGCCCGAGAAGUGCCGCGAGUACGUCACUUUCAUUGAGGAGUUUAUCAAGGUGCCAAUUCGCUGGAUUGGUGUGGGCGCCGAGCGCGAGUCGUUGAUCGUCCGAAAC